GCUCGGCACGGAGCGGCUCGGCCCGGCGCGGCGCGGCGGGCGCGGGGGAUGGAGCCCUUCCUGGGCUGCACCGGCGCCGCGCUCCUGCUCUGCUUCAGCUACGCCGGCCUGCGCCCGGUGGAGGCAGACAGCCCAUCGGCUCCAGUCAAUGUCACGGUCAAACACCUGAAAGCCAACUCCGCUGUUGUGACUUGGGAUGUUCUGGAAGAUGAAGUUGUCAUUGGAUUUGCAAUUUCCCAGCAGAAGAAGGACGUGCGGAUGCUGCGCUUCAUCCAGGAGGUGAACACCACCACCCGCUCCUGUGCCCUCUGGGACCUAGAGGAGGACACUGAGUACAUUGUGCAUGUCCAGUCCAUCAGCAUCCAAGGCCAGAGCCCUGCCAGUGAGCCAGUCCUCUUCAAGACCCCCAGGGAAGCUGAGAAACUAGCCUCUAAAAAUAAAGAUGAGGUGACAAUGAAGGAGAUGGCGAAGAAAAACCAACAGCUGCGAGCAGGGGAAAUUCUCAUCAUUGUUGUGGUGUUGUUUAUGUGGGCAGGGGUGAUCGCCCUGUUUUGCAGACAGUACGAUAUCAUCAAAGAUAAUGAGCCAAAUAACAGCAAGGAGAAAGUCAAGAGCGCCUCGGAGAACAGCACUCCCGAGCACCAGGGCGGCGGGCUCCUCCGCAGCAAGUUUCCAAAAAACAAGCCCUCAGUGAAUAUCAUCGAAGCGUGACAGCCUGCCAUCUGAAAGACGGACUCCAUUUCUCACUCUCACUCUCUGCCUCUGAGCCUUGAUGACUGGGGAGGUGAAAUAAUGUUGGAGCAAUUUGGAAGGAGACCCAGCGAUUGUCACUUGAUGGCAUACACCUCCUUCCUUGUCUGUGUUCAGCAAAACAUCUGGCCAGUAAGAAAAAUCAUGAAAAAAAAAAAACCUGAAACCUGAACAAACAAUUGGGAUGGAAAAGCAUCAGUGGGACAGCUGCUGCCGGUGAUCCUGCACUGGACUCGUGAAUCACCUGGGCUGGAGCAACUUCUCACACACCCCUCUCCACCUUGGCACUCCGUCUUCUGGAACAACCUCCUUGUCCUUGGAAAUGUACAAGAUUUUGAUGUAUCUUUAUUUUGUCUCACUGUCACUACAUCUUGACAGUAUCAGCGUGAGCUCAGGCAUCAGUCACUGUCACUCCUCUCCGAUCAAGAAGGAAGGCAAGAUCAUCGCAGACACGAGUAGCAACCAGAUUUUGGCUGCUGUGUGCUCUUGGCUUGCUUUGUUCCAUUGAUAUGUAUCAUGUAACACGUCUUACAGGUGGGUUUUUAAAACAAACAAAAAAGUCAUAGCCCAGUUUCCAUUCCUACUGUGAGAACUUCCCUGGUUGUUCUCCAGUUAGGCUGCAGCUCAUGACUCCAGUAUUUCUGUGUCUCCUGUCUCACGCUGGUGUUCGUCAUUGCAGAUACUCGGGGCACUCCAACCACUUUGGCACAGACCAGUACGAGGGGACACCAGAAGCCCCUCUUCAGCUUCCAGGAUAAUUUCAAACAUUUUCUCCAUGG